AUGCCUUCACACGUCCAGUCACACUCGCCUCCCCCGCGGAGGCGAAGAGUUUUACAAGAGCGUACUUUAGCACACACUAAUGAGAGGUCGCCAACCCGGUCCCUGCGCAUGGUCACCGAACAGGAGGAUGCCGACUUCUAUACUACGACUCCGUUCCCCACCAAGCCAGAGCAAAUUCUGUUGCCAAUUCCCGGCAAAGGUCAGCAACAACAGCAACAGCAACAGCAGCAAGAGCACAUUUCAGACAUCGGUUUCAGCUAUGCAGAUACACCAGGUCCGUCCACGUCGACAUGGUCCUCACCUUCCUUCAGCCUCGGUGCGGGAAGCAGCGUGCGGGCCCAGUCCAUUGGCGACAGCUGGGAUGUUUCGUCUACCGUCGAUGCUGGCAACUCACCGCCGCAGAUGUGGGAUGACGACCCAUUGUCCAGUAAAUCGUCGCUACCGGAGAUCUCGUCUGGCAAGACACCCGACUAUAGUUCAGAGGGUUCGGAUGCCGAAUUUUCGGAUGACGAGAUGAUCGUGUUGCCCACCGCCACGCCCACUAUCAAAGCUGUGGUGUCUGAACCACCCACAUCACCCAAGUCUGCGAGCUCGGAGGAAUCAAUCGGCUACUCGAGCCCUAAUAUUCAACGGAUUGGAGCCCCCUCCAGUCCGAAUUUCGUUACUCUGGAUAACUCCAGCGUGAACUUUCUCCCUCCUCGCACGUCCCACUCUGAUUCGGACCCUCGCUCAAAUUCCUUGUCCUCGUACGGGACGGUGGUGAGGCACCCCGUUGCUGCUCCGUGGAUCCAUAUGGCCUCGUCAACCGAACACUUCAAUGGGAGCACACCCUCCUUCCAUUCAAGCCCGCCUCUGCGGUCCAUGGCAUCCUUCCGCUCUGUGUCUAAUGGACCUUCUGGAAGCCGGUCACGCUCUGCGACAUCGUCCUCGCGCAGCCUGCGUUCGGUAUCUGAUAUUCAAGCUGCUAUCGACAGCGGCAUUCCUAUCCAAUAUCCGCGAAUUCGAGCUCCGUCUGCAAGUUCGCGAGCGGAAUCGUCUAUGUCAAGCGAUCGUGACUUUACUCCCGGCCCGGUGUCUGGUCGCUGGAACCCUCACUUGUCAAGGGUGUCAUCUGUCUGGUCUGAUGAUGAACUCCCCGACGGGUUCACUCCUCGCGAGACUUCCAGUGCAGGGAUUUCGGAACCAACUGCUCCAGCCCGUGCUGUUUUGAACGGGAGCCAAACUACCUCAUCCGUCUGGCUCGUCCACGACACGGACGAAGAUGAGCACCUGGACAGCCUAACCAAUCUUCCAGUUCGCCCUACAUUCCCGCAAAGCCUCUCCUCAGGGUCAAAGCGCAGCAACAGCAUGCGGAGCAUGAAGCGCCCUGGUACCAGCUCAAGCAACCUGUUCCAAAUCAUUCCCACCUGGGCCAAGGUCUACUAUUGCGCAGAUGCCCUCGGCCUGAGCUCAGCUUUGUCAAUAUUUGAUCAGAGCCGGCCAUCUUCGGCGCGUCCGGGCACGGGGAAUUCGAGUGUUUUUAAUUUAAUGCCAACGCCACUCAACAUUCAGCGGCCGCGCUCACCAGAGCGACCUCAAGCACCGCAAAGACCGGUGUCACCACAAGAACCGGUGUCACCACAACAAUCGGUAUCACGACAACAAUCGGUAUCACCACAAAUGGCCGCUCCACCGCGACCUCGUUCGCCUGAACGCGUUCGUUUUGUUCAGCGGCGCAUCGAGAGUGAUCCACGGGACCCGCGUGCUCACUGGGUCGCGACCCCCGAGCCCGAGGAAUAUGAUAUUGUCGGCGGUCCUCGCCGCCGACUACGACACAGCUGGUCUCCCCACCUGUACCGUGACAGACGCACCAUCCAGCAUUCGGCUAGUGCGUGGACAUGUCCCUCCAUGGAUUCUACCACUGAGCCCAUCUUUGGACGGAGAAACAUCCAGGUCUACUCUUUCGUCUUGGGAUUCAUCUUCCCUCUUGCUUGGGUGAUCGCUUCUUUCCUUCCCCUCCCACCCCAACCCAAGGUGGGCCCUGAAAUGCUGGAAUCCGAUGACGAUGUCGAGAUGGCCCUUGAGUCGCAGCUGGUAGACAUGCAGCGGCGACGGUACGACAAUGCUCGGUGGUGGAGGAACCUGAACCGCUGGAUGAUCUCCCUUGGAGUUGUGAUCAUCGUUAUAAUCAUCACAAUGGCUGUCAUCGGCACCACAACCGGUUUCUAA